UGACUCUUUCCCAGGCUUUCUAGGCAAACCCUGUGGGGAGGCAGCAGCCCAUUUGACACAGAUGGGUCUGUCAGCUUUGCAAUUGUGCCAGUUCAUGUGGUUUCUUCUGUCUCCCCAGGAUGUGGAUCCUCAGCCUCGGUACAGCGGGCCCAUGAACAUCAACCACUAUGCGACGAAGAAGAGCGUGGCAGAGAGCAUGCUAGACGUGGCUCUGUUCAUGGCCAAUGUCACACAGCUCAAAGCAGUGCUGGAGCAGGGCCCUUCCUUCCAGUACUACACCACACUCGUUGUGCUCAUCAGCAUCUCUCUCUUCUUCCAGGUGGUGAUUGGGAUUCUUCUCAUCAUCACUGCUCGUUUGAACCUGAAUGAUGUUGCAAAGCAGCCCCACCUCAAUAUACUCAACAACGCUGCCACAGCUCUCAUCUUCAUCACGGUCAUCCUCAACAUCUUCAUCACAGCUUUUGGGGUGCAGAAGACUGGCCUCUACCCUACCAGGAAUUUUCGACCUUAUUAAGUCACAGGGCAAUGGAGUCAGGUAAGAAAGGGGUGAGUUCCCAUCACUGCCAGCCCCCAGAUGGGCUCUCAGUCUCAGAAAACAUCAC